AUGGAUCCCCCUCCUCAAAAGCCGGCAGUCAGACGUAUCUCGUGGAGGCGCAUGGCCGUCGCGGCCGCCGCGGUGGCGUGCCUUGGCCUUUCCGCCAGGUCUGUGUCUGCGUCAUCGGCGUCACAGUGCUACGAAAACAAUACGGACUACCGUGACUCUGACGUCGAAAAAGUUGAGACAGGAUCUGUGCUAUCGUUUCUGUCUUGCCAAGAGCUGUGCGUGGCGCACCCAUAUUGUUUCUAUUGGACAUGGGAUGCGACCACUAAGAACUGCUACCUAAAGGAAAAAAGUGCGCUCUCAGGACGCAUUACAGGCUCCAGUGUACUGGGGUUUGUCUCCGGUCCCAAACACUGCGUCUCGUCCGCCCCGAGGACGCCCGGGUGCUUCCACGCCAAUACAGACUAUGUCGGCCAUGAUAUCGCGAAGGUCGAAGACGGCACCAUAACCAGCCCGAGUUCAUGCCAGACGGCAUGCCAGCAGACUGCUGGAUGCCAGUACUGGACCUUCGUCGGCCAGACUUCGUCAUGCUACUUGAAAGACCACCAAGCUCUCCUCGGUCACAAGCACAGCUCCGACACAGUGGGCAUGACCUCUGGCCCCCGGGACUGCCUGCCUCAGGCUUCAGCUUGGUGCUUUGAGGGCAACGUAGAUUAUGCCGGCUACGAUGUGGAGAAAGUGGAGAGUGGGCAGGUCACCUCGGCGACCGCAUGCCAACAACUGUGCAUGGCCCUGCCACAAUGCUACUAUUUUACGUGGGUCUCGAGCGAAAACAAUUGCUACCUGAAAGGUUCCGGGGCCAUUCAAGGCCGACGCAGCAACUACGCCACUGUCGGAAUGGUUUCCGGCCCGAAAGUCUGCCAUAGCAACCCUCCAGGCGCGUGUUACGAACUGAAUGUGGACUACUACGGCCACGACGUGCAAAAGAUCGAGACAGGACAAGUGACCACCGCCACCAUGUGCCACGAAUUAUGCCGUGGAAAGGAAGGAUGCUUUCACUGGACCUGGGUAAAGCAGACACAGUCAUGCUACCUCAAGGGACCGUAUGCCUUGCAAGGAAGGGUACAUGACAGCACGAAGAUCGGCAUGGUCUCCGGGCCGAAAACAUGCAUAAAUCCACCAGUGCCAUGCUAUGAGAUGGACGUCGACUACAGGGGAGGCCUCGUGAGUGAAACGGGGCCUGGAUCUGCGGCUUCCGCCUCGAUGUGUCAGUCGCUCUGCCAAGCAUCCCGAGUGUGCUACUUCUGGACAUGGGACCGCACGACACGCAACUGCUAUCUAAAAGACAGCACUGCCUCGUCUUUCCGGGUGUCCGAUGCAUCAACCAUCGGCUUUGUAUCGGGGCCUAAGGACUGUGACCCGCUCCCGCCAGCUUGCAUGGAGCUGGAUGUCGACUAUUUUGGUCACGACAUCAAGAAAAUUGAAGACGAACAGGUCGACAGUGCGGCGUCUUGCCAGUCUCGCUGCCAGGCGACGAGCGGCUGCAUCUACUGGACAUGGGUAUCUCAAACAAUGAAAUGUUACUUGAAGGACAUGCACGCCCUGAUAGGACGCGUUCAAAGCCCACAAACCGUGGGCAUGGUAUCGGGGCCGAAAUAUUGCACUCCUACACCCCCAGGCUGCCACGAGUGGGACGUGGACUAUCAAGGUUUCGAUAUAAAGAAACUUGAAGGACAAUGUUCCUCGGCAAAGAUGUGCCAGAGCAUGUGCCAAGGAACUACAGGGUGCAGUUUCUGGUCCUACGUGAGCUCGACAAAUAGUUGUUACUUGAAGAGCCACCUGGCCCUCAAUGGCCACCAAUCUAACGAAUCGACUCUGGGAAUUGUCUCGGGCCCCGCGUUCUGUCCUAUCCAGCCUAUUUGCAGGGAGGAGAACGUCGACUAUGCUGGCUACGACGUGCAAAAAAUUGAAAGCGGAGACGUGGCAUCAACCAAGGCGUGCCAGGCACUGUGCGAGCAACUGCCGGAGUGUUCCUUUUGGACCUGGGUCAGUUACACACGGCACUGCUACCUCAAGAACCACUACGCGUUGAUCGGUCGUGAUGCUGGUCCGGCAGCUGCUGGCAUGACGUCUGGCCCCAAGCGCUGUACUGCAGUCCCACAAGCCUGCCACGAGUACAACGUGGACUAUAGGGGGCACGAUGUCAAAAAACUCGAGUCGGGAAAGGUGCUCUCAGCCGAUACAUGCCGAGCUCUAUGCCAGGUCGACCACAGCUGCCACUACUGGACUUGGGUGCGGGCGACCAACAACUGCUACCUGGAAGACCAAUAUGCACCACUAGGCCGCAUCCAGGAUGGCAGCACCGCAGGCAUGGUCUCGGGAUCCAGGCGGUGCGGUGAACAAUUUGCAGGCUCAUGCUACGAAAGCGGCGUCGACUACUAUGGAUACGAUAUUGAAAAGCUGGAGACGGGGGAAGUAACAACACCGUCAGCAUGCCAAGCUUUGUGCAAGGGACGCACAGGCUGCUACUAUUGGACAUGGGUCAAGACGACGCAGAGUUGCUACCUGAAAAACCCGUACGCACUACAGGGCUGGCUACGCAAUAGCUCAACAAUGGACAAAAUAUCGGGGGCGAAAGAUUGCGUCCCGGCUCCCCCAACAUGCCAUGAGCUCGACGUAGACUACCGCGGGUUUGACGUCCAAAAACUCGAAACCAAUUCAAUCAACUCUUACGUUGAAUGCCAGUCGCUCUGCGAAGCGAACGAACGGUGUUUUUACUGGACGUGGGUGAGCCAGAAGAAAAGUUGUUAUCUGAAGGACCACGGGGCCCUGCUUGGCCGUGUGCAGGAUGCGGCGACUGCGGGACUCGUUUCCGGACCAAAACUCUGCGCACCGCAUGAACACUGCUACGAGAUUGAUGUGGACUACCGCGGGUUCGAUACGGAGAAGAUCGAAAACGGAAAAGUGACAUCGGCUGCCCUGUGUCAUCAUCACUGCCUCGCAUCCGCGGCGUGUGCAUAUUGGACGUGGGUCGGCCAAACAAGCAACUGCUACCUCAAGAAUAGCAGCGCAGUUCUAGGACGCGUCCAGGACUUCAGCACCGUAGGAAUGGUGUCUGGCCCGCGGACCUGCUUCCCCGCCGCCGGUACCCUGGAGAUCAACGUGGACUUCUUCGGCCAUAAUAUUAAACUGAUAGACGACGGUUCUAUCAGGUCCUACACUGAUUGUCAGUAUGUGUGCCAGCAGUACACCGAUUGCCACUACUGGACGUAUUAUCAGGAUAGCAGGUCGUGCUUCCUCAAAAAUGCGUCUGCACCCACAAUGCGAGUUCCCAGGCAGUCAACAGUGUCUGGGCCUAAAUUCUAUGACCAGCCAAGCUUUCCUGAACCUCCAACGCCUGAAGGGCCUCUGCCAGAGUGCUUCCACACCAACGUCGAGUUCACCGGCACAGAGGUUCAGUCGCUGGUCUCUUCCACAGCGACCGAGUGCCACGCGACAUGUCAGACCAGCAACGUGUGUUCUUUCUUCACCUUCUACCGGCAUGAGCGACGGUGUGUCCUCAAGACUUCAGAGACAGGGGAGCCUCUUAAAGAACUUCCGGUCGGUUUUGCAGUUUCGGGCAUGAGGUCGUGCAGCAUCGGCCAGCCCCAUGAUUCUGCUCCGCCGUGUGCCGUGUACAACACCGAAUACGUCGGGCAAGAAAGCGAUUCUGAUGCCGCCAUUUCGGCUGUCGAGUGCCAGGUUCUGUGCCAGAGGAGCAGACUGUGUAACUUCUUCACAUACUACAAGCAGGACGGUCGAUGCGCCCUGAAGCAAUUUGAUUCGCACUCUGCGGAGCUGCAGGAGAUACCGUUCGGUUACGCUAUUUCUGCUACAAAAUACUGUGGGCCCCCUCCCUCGUCAGCCGUCCCCUCAUGCGCCGACCGGAAUGUGGAGUAUCUCGGCGCCACCGUAGGUGACGUUGCGACAACCACGUCAGCUGCGGACUGUCAGGCACUCUGCCAAAACGCCCCCACCUGCGAGUUUUUCACAUUUGACGGCCGGACAACUGCAUGUGUGCUGAAGAAGGCCUACCCGGGGGGCGAAGACAAGAUCUAUAAGCUGUCGAAGCCUUACGCAGCUUCGGCGCUGAAAUACUGCGUGCCUUCCCAGGCAGACCCUGAAUGCGCGGAGAAAGAUACGCUGUACCUGGGAAUUGACACAGCGCCUAUUGUAACCGUGGAGACGGCGUUGGAGUGCCAGAAGUUAUGCCAGCACUCCACAGAAUGUGAAUUCUUCACCUUUAAUGAUGUGGAAAAGCGGUGCCGGCAAAGGAGGUCGCCCGUCGUAGGCGCCACUGUACAGAAGGUCUCUUUCCCAAACGUUGUAUCGGCAAUGAAAUACUGCACCUCUCCAAAUGAGCCACAGACAACGCCUUACUCAGAAGAAAACGUGGAAUUGAAAUCCCACAACCUGGAGAUAUCGCCCGUUGCCGCAGAUAAUGUCACUGCUUGCCUGGAUGCAUGCAACAAUCAACCCGAUUGCUAUUACUGGACGUUCUACUCCACUGUAGAUCGAGCAAUGAGUUGCCACCUCAAGAACGCUCGUGCGAUGGCAGGAAAAACUCAGUUUGCUGGAGCAGUUUCGGGCUCCCGAGAGGUUGAAAUUGCACUGGACCCACAGACCGAGUAUGUCGGUGCGAACUUGCCACAGGAUCCGGUUGCAGUGGCGUCGCCCCAAGAAUGCAGAGAGGCUUGCUCGCUCGCGCCGGAAUGCGCCUACUGGACGUAUUAUUCUAACAGGGUGGUCAACUGCUUCCUGAAAGAUUCUGCGGCAAAAGAUUCGAGAAGGAAAAACCCCGAUGCCACGUCAGGUAGCCGGCAUGCCGUCAUGGGACCGGUGCCCAUGAAGUACCUGGAUGACCGCAAGUAUGAGCCCGCAAUGUCCGCCGGACCCGCAGCUUUCCGUACAGUUCUGACGACUCCUACUGCCGAGCAGUGCCAGGCACGGGCGCAAGCUAAUACGCAGAAGCUCUUUUGGUCGUGGAACAAAUUUGACCAUACAUGCAACUUCUAUGGUCCUGAGGUCGUGGGCACGGAGACCUACGAUUUCGAGUGGGUGUCAGGUCAUGCCGAAAGCCAAGACAAGAGUUAUUCGAGUGAAGCGUAUACCUACGGACAGGGCGUUUACUUGCUCCACCUUGGUUCCUUCGAGGCGAAACAAGCUCCUUCUCCAAAGGCCUGCGCAGAAGAAUGUGGCAAGUCAAAGCUGUGUCGAUCUGCAUCCUUCACGCGAGGUGUCGACGGCGGAGCACCGAACUGUUACCUAGGAGGGCUUGCAGGACAGACCCUCGCUGCCUCGAAAGACAGUGUCGUUGUUGCACAAAACAGGGCUACUCUAAUGGUUGCGAAAAAGCCUAUCCCGUCGCACCUUGAGGAGCACCCCGACACCCCUAUUCCCCAGUGUAUCGAUCUCUGCCGGCGGUCCGGAGAGUGCAAGCGCUGGGCGUUCGAUCUAUCCAAGAACAUCUGCUAUCUCUAUCGCGAGAUUGGCGCAGAACAGGAUGAUCCAAACUUUCUGAUAGCCGACAUUGGAAUCCAUCUCGAAGAAAUCGAGCAGCUGAUACUACUCGAUACCGCGUUGACCCCGACGGCAGUCGAGUCGAUUGUUACACCAGUUGCAAAUUGUAAAAACGCGUGCCAGAAAGUGCAGUGCUUCGCCUACUCCUACGUUCCGGCGGCCGCUGGAGGCAGCGAUAUAUGCCACAUCGGGAACAUUCGGGAGGCGAAGGACCUGAAAACGUUUGCUGUCUCACGUAAGGGCAGUGUCCUCAUUCGCAAUCCCGGUGGAGCUAUGGCCACAGGGGUCGCGUACGUUGGCGAAGCAUCUGAAGAAGAUGCGUCCCAGCUCAACGCCGCAUCCGCGUGCGCAGAAGCAUGUUCAUCUGCGCGGGAUUGCAAGGCGUGGACCUUUCGAGGAGAGGAGAAACUAUGCGAGCUCUUCGCUAGCGUCUCAGGUGUUGUACCGGAUUCCGGUUCUGUCGUGUCUGGGAACGAGACAGCUGAUGCGGCAACCUUGGAAAAGUCCCCCACCAAGACUGGCAUGGUGAUCUCAACGAGCUGGAAAACAACAGUGCUUGCUAAACAACCUAUGAGCACUGAGCAAGAAUGCGAAGAACUCUGCGCCACGACAGAGAAAUGCGUCCAGUGGUCCGCCGCGACGCAAGAAGACGGGACUGUCGAGUGCAUUGCUGGCACGUGGAACGCGGCGCUCGAGGAGAAGACCAACGCGCACACAUCCGUUCUGGGAUCCAGAUUCUUCACGCCAUUCCUGGAACUAAAGGGCACAACGAUUACGACGGAUGAGCCGGACCCUUCCCUAGACCCUGCGAAGCACUGCGCCACUCGAUGCGCCACUGAAGUAGAUACAUGUCACGCGUGGACGUUGCUGACUAGUUCCUCUACGAAGACGUGCCACUACUUCACGGAGGAAGCAGCUGUCGUCAGCGUCACGAACCCGCUGGCCGUUUCCGGCAGCAGAGGAGUUCUUGACAUUCAGUUGCCUGUAAUUUAUGGCGCGCACGAGGAGCCAAAGGCGCAAGCUGAUCCCGCCACUUCAGUUCUUGCUUGUCAACAGAAGUGCGAAGGCGAUGCCUCCUGCUUGGCAUGGACAUGGAACUACACCCAGGACUGGCCGGACGCCUGUACUGUCGUGACGGACCCUCUGUUCAAGCACGAGGCUACAAAUGGCACCAUUCUAGUAAUGAUGGAGCGCAGGUUCUUGCAGCCUUUCCUGCUUCUGGCUGGCGAGGACAACGAUGUCCUUCAGCGCGAAGAUGGCUCCGCGACUACUGACGGGCUGUGCCAGUGCAUGGGCAAAUGCUACAACAAUGCGGAGUGCUCAGCUUGGUCAUUCGAGCUGACGGAAAAUGGCUCCGUAUGCAAGCUGUACUCAGCAUUUGAAAAACAGCCGGGCUACGGGUUCGGCAUCUCAGGCUCCCGUCGUGACGCCUCGUCGUGCCCGACCGAAGUAGAAGAACACCUGCUUCUGGAGAACCCGGCCUUAAUAGAACCAGAAGGAACACUGGAUGAGAUUUUGAGCCAGGCGGGCCAGCAUACAGGCUACACUGCGGGGGUUGCCCUCAUCACGCCUGUGGGGGAAGAUCCACCGAAAUAUAAGCUGGCCAAGGAGGGGGGUCACGGAGGGUUGUCCUCGGCUGAGGCGGCCAUUGUAUUCAACUACGUCGUGUCUUUGGGUCCCUGA